AUGAGAUUCAUGAAUGGUAAAAUCAUCUCUAUUAUUUAGAAUGGCAUAAAUAAUACAAAAUUGAUGUUGUUUGUGAUUAAUGGAUUGAGAAGUAAGUUUAAAUUGAAGCAAUUAUGGCUCAUAUCAGGUAGACUGAAUUAGAGAAAGAAUUUAAAGAUAAAUGA